AUGUGGGAGCUGUGGAAGGAAAGAAAUAGACGUCUCUUUAGAAAUAAAAAACUUGAGGUUCACAAAAUCAUCAAUAUAAUUGACUCUGCUACCACUGAGCUCAUGAACAACUGGCUUUUAUCUGACAUAAUAAAGAAUGCCUUAGUAACCUACUGGGAUGAAAAGAUGAAAAAACACUGGGAGGGCUUAUCUUUUUCUCCCUUUGUAUGGGAUGGUCCUCUUGAAAGUCUUCGAUCAAGAGCUGAAUGCAGAUGGCAGCCCCCAGGCGAAGGAUGGGUGAAGUUAAACUUUGAUGGGGCAUUCCAUGGCAAUCUAGAGCAAGCAGGUAUAGGAUGCUCUGUUCAUAAUUGGGAAAGCAAAGAAAUCGCUAUCCUUGCUUCCCCUAUAGGCAUCAAAACCAACAAUUGGGCGGAAUUGAUGGCCCUAGUAGAGGGGCUGCACCUGUGUAGGAGAUUAGGAGUUAAAAAUUUGGUUAUUGAAGGGGAUCCGACUAUAAUUAUCAAUGCUCUCAGGAAAUGCAGCAUGCCUAACUGGAGACUAAACACUUUGUUGUCAAAGGCUAUUGACUUAUGUAAAGGUUUUGAUAGGUUCACAGUCAAUCAUAUUUAUAGGGAAGGUAACAAAAGAGCGGAUGAGCUGGCCAACAUAGGAGCGGAUGACAUCUAA